AGACAUGUUAAAAAGAUGAGAUACAAGCCGGACUUUGGUCCUCCACAUGUGAGGCCGUCCCUGAGUCUGGCUCAAAGUUCAGGUCAUGCAGACAGUUUCAGUAUUGCCUCUGUGACUGUCAUUAUUCUACCUGUGUUCACUCUGAGCUGCAGGAUGGUCUGCUGGGCCCGUGCUGUUCCCCUGCUGCUCCUGCUGGGCCUCUUCAGCCACAGUUCUGUGGGUCAGGAGGCUGGAGACCCGGCAGCAGCACCACCACCAGGCGAAGGCUCGGAGGGCAGGCAGGCUGAGGGUGAGGAGAAUGACUGGGGGAUGGACUCCCUCAGAGGCAGCUUUGAGGCCGUCAGCGGCUACUUUGACUCGAUGCUGGAGUUCAUGGGCGGACGUGAUGGAGUUUGCCAAUACCGCUGUAGAUACGGUAAAGCUCCUCUUCCUCGACUCGGAUACCAGACGCCUGAACCCAACGGAUGCAGCUCCUACUUCUUCGGUCUCCCCAUUCCAGAAGGGAUGGACAUGGGCAUCCCUGCCAUGACCAAGUGCUGCAACCAGUUGGACACGUGUUACGACACCUGCGGCUCCAACAAAUAUCGCUGCGACUCCAAGUUCCGCUGGUGCCUCCACAGCAUCUGCUCGGAUCUAAAGAAGAGCCUCGGCUUUGUGUCAAAAGUAGAAGCAUGUGAAACUGUAGCCGACACUCUGUUCAACACAGUGUGGACUCUGGGCUGCAGACCCUACAUGAACAGCCAGAGGGCGGCCUGCUACUGUCCAGGAGAGGAGAAAGACGAACUCUAGAUCCAGAGCAGAAACCACUCUCAUAUUUAUAAAACUGUCUGUCUGAGCCACAUUUCAGGCGACGGUGCUCUGAGCUGUAGCGCUGCAAAGGCAGUUUAAUUUAUUUAGAAGUUGUUGCUUUUGUUUUCCUCAAAACGAUGAUUCUCAACUCAACUCAUCUUUG